GUUUUGGUUCUGCUAUGUUAGUGUUAUGAUUACUAUCAUUUUGCAGAAAGUGGUAGUUUGGAUAGGAAACUGUAGUAUUAGUUCUCUGUGACAACUUACAUGAGUUACGUUUCCUUUCUGUUGCUAACAACAACCAACCUAAUUGUAAGGCUAGUUUUCCAUCUCUGCGGUAUGUCUUCAAUUAAUGCUAGUUUUCCAUCUCUAUGAGAACUAGAAGGAUCAGUUGGCAAGGUACUGUGUAGACUGCUAGACAGCCAGUGAAAUGUUCAGUGAUGACUGGAACUAAGAACAGGUUGGUACAAGUCUGUAUCGGACCAUUCUAGUGCUGGAAAUUCAAAGCUGCAUGCUUUAGUCCUAGUUUAAAGUCCAUGACCUUUUGAGAAGACUGCAGAUAUUUGCUGCAAGUCUAAAAUUGCUGUGGCAUGUGAAUUUAUCUUAUAUGUUCGGAAGUCCUAAUUUCGCUUCCUAAUGCAUGCGGAUGACGGAAAAUUACUGAAUGAAAGAAUGUUAAAAUUUUGUGGAAGCCAUGAGAUCACUAUUUGGUGAAAGCUAGCAACUGUCAGUAAAUUUCCUCUUCCAUACAUUAAAGAACACAGAUUCUGUUUCGUUUGUUUUGCAGUUAAAUUUCAAUUCAUAAUCUGCUAAGAAGUAGUCUAUUCUGCUCUUACAUACAGUAGCGAUCAUUGACAAGACAGAUAAUUGAUGUAUGCGGUUUUGUAUUAACAAUAGCUUAUGGUAUACUGCUCCUCCAGUAAACAUCAUCAAGUAGAAUUCAAUUUCCAUCUUCAUCAAACCCUGCAAAACAUGUUUGAAAAAUUUAAAUCUUCAUGAAUUGUGGAAAUGCAUAUGAUCACCCAACUAUGAUAAAAUAGAUCAGUUGAAUUGGGCUUUUUUGUCUCUUGUUUUGGAAAUCACCCAACUAUGAUAAAAUAGAUUUAUGGCUGUGUUAGUUUGUGGAUUUUCAAACCCUUAUUGAAGGAUCACCCUGUCAGCAUUUUAGUUCUUAUAUAUAAUGGCAUUAAGCUCAGUCUCAGACUCAUAAGGAAAUAUAGGCGUCAAGUUAAGUCAAAAUUCAGGUAAGUGCCUUGGGGUACCUAUUCAGAAUGGUCAUGUUAGUCCGUCUUAUUUCCAGAUUUUUUAAAUAGCAUCAACUCUGGCUUGGCACAUAGCCUCGAAUUUCAACCAUGUUUUGACACAAUUAUCAAAGGCUAAGUAUUUCAGAAAGGAUGAUUUUUGGACCUGUAGCAUAAGAUCAGGGUUUUCUCAUAGUUGGAGAGGCAUUCUUCAAGGUCGAGACUUUGUUCAGGAUAGUAUACAGUGGGCUACUGGUACAGGGGACACUGUCAACUUUUGCACUGACCCUUGGGGUCCAGUCUUACCCUUUAAAUGCCUUUAUGGAUAUUCCUUGAACUUGUGAUCCUCUUCUUAAAGUUCGCCAAAUAUGGAUAGGUCGAAUUGGAAUUGGGACUUAAAUGAUUUGAAACAAGUUAUUCCUGCUGAAGUUUGUAAUGCUAUUUUUGCUAUUCCUGUACCUUCUUUUGCUCAUCCACAGGAUAAAUUGGUCUAUUUGCGGCAUAAAUCAGGUAAUGCUACUGCUAAAGCAGCCUUUUGGCAUAAAGUUUCUCGAAUCUGUUGUCCUAAAUGCUCUUUUCCAGAUUACGGGUACUUUAGACUCGGACCUGUUUCAGACAUCCAGUAUAUCAAGAGGAUCACUAAGAUACCAUGGCCUUGGUCUUGAGAAUAGAAUGUAAUAUGUUAAUCUGCAAUUUGCGAAGAUAAAUUAUGAUAAUCCCAGCUCACUCACAUGGCAGAGUCUUGGAAGACAUGCUUUCGAUAUUUUUCUUCAGAAGGAAAAGGUCAGAUAUCGAUGAAGAAGAAAGUAAAUGAUACUCUUAUCUGGAGUAAGGGCACACUUUCUGAUGGAAGAGCAGUUGCUGUUAAACAACUUUGUGUAACUUUUCAUCAAGGAAAAAGCCAGUUUAUGGCAGAGUUUGCUGCCAUAUCUUCUGUUUGUAAAAUGUAUGGGUGCUUCAUUGAGUAUCCCGAACACAGAAGCCUAAAUGAAGCACUCUUUGGAAAGAGUGGUUUACAGCUCAGUUGGCCAACCUGCUAUGGGAUUUGCUUGGGACCAGCAAGAGUCGUAGCUUAUCUUCAUGAAGAGUCGGGACAUAUUGUUGAUUAGAUUGCUAUAUCUUAGCUUGCGAUAUUGUACCAAGUUAUCAAGUGGAACGCCUAAAAAUUUCAUUUCUUUUGCGCAUGGCGGCAAGACCGCAUGUAAGUACCAGCUAGACCACUUUUCAUCUCACUGAGCACCUUUGUUUAUAGGUAGUGUGUUUGGGCGGCAACGGUUUUCGUAAAACAACACACAAUACCUUCUAGGGACAAACGGGGAAAGAGAUGUUAGACCUCCACUCUAGAGUCUAGAAUAGUCGGUCGUGUGUCGUGCUAUUCUUUUUCAUCUCUCCCACUGUCAUAUCACGAAAGAAAAAAAUGGUGUAAUUACCAUGACUGCUAAUCGAGUAGAGAGCAGCAUAAUUACUGUAGUACCUAGCUAGCUCACUGCUCAUUGAUAAAAAGUAAGCAGCAUUAAGAGAUGUAAUGUUAACGGGUUCGCCGUAAAUGACAGUGAUUGGGGUUUUGAUAACUCUAUACAGUGAAAGGAACUUGAACGAUCCGAGCAAUGACGCUUGUAUUCUUGAAGUUGAACUAUGUUUACACUCAAAUCCUAAAGAGGCUGUUGGUAGCUUGUUGUUCCUAAACUAAUAGUACUAGUUUUCAUCCAAAUUAGCCUCAAUGUUAUGAAUAAAUGCACGGUUUGGUUUUGUGUUCCAGGAGUUGUUGCACUUACGAUUACUACUUUACUAGCUAGCAUCGUAUGUGGAUAGCAAUUCA